AUGGGUGUGCUGGAGGGACGCUUCAGGUCGAUGGGCAUCAUUGGAGAGGGGUGGCGCACGCCGCUCGGCAUGACCGCGCGGCGCCUGGAGGUUGACAUCAGCGGCCUGCACGUUGACUACGGUGUCUUAGUCAUGCAGCGGAAGGUGGCCAUCAAGGGGUCACCACCAAAGGGCCACACGACCAUUACGCUCAACGCACGCGACCUGGGCGCUUUUACGCAGCACCCCCUCUUCCUGCGUGCCGCCGCGACGGCCGUUCAGGGCCACGCCUUUGCCUUCGACCCUGACUCGGUCUCGAUCGUCCACCACCCCUCUGGCGGCGGCGAGGUGCGCUUCGAGGGCGUCUGGGCCGCCGACGGCGAGCGCUACCGCGUGCUCAUGCAGCCAGGCGGCCACAGGCACCACGCAGCAGCAGCCACCGCCACUACCGGCGACGGUGCCGCGGCCCCGAAGAAGCUGCGGGUCGGCGCGCAGCACGUGCCGCGGGGCGGCGGGGCGCCCGACGCGGCGGCGGCGGGCAGGGUCGCGGCGGGCAUCGCGGACUUCUUCACCAACAUGGCUUUGGAUCUGGAUGGGAUCGAGGUGACCCGGCCGGUGCUCUCCCUGAGGCCCUGGCGCGGCGGCAGCGCGGCCGCCGGCGGCGGGUACCGUGGCAGCAGCAGUAGCGACAAAGCGGGUGUGGUGAAUGAGGGGGACGUGCUGGACAUCUGCAUGCGGGUGCGGAUCCGGUCCUUCCCGCCCCUUAACAUGCAGUUUUGA